CUACUCACGUAAUCGCCUUGUUUACAAAGUCGCUGCACUUCCGGAAAAUCGUCCAUCCACAUUCUCUAGCCAACUCAUUACAAUAAUUUUACAGCGACGAUCGAGCUUGACCCUCUAAUAUUAAUACGUCUUCGAGCUGUCUGACCCUCUGUCAAAUGCAGAACGAGUCUCAGUUUCUUAGCUCCUCGAGCACUGCCAGCUCCUUGCAGGCUCCUCGCACACCUUUCGAGCGGUCAACAAAUCCUCCGGACCUACCAUCAACUAGUGCAUCGACGACACUCCAUGAUGUACCACAGACGAUUCACUCUCGUUUAGCGUUCGUCAGGUUCCUUGGAGCAGGCGUCAUCAAAGACAUCAAAGCCCGCCUACCGUGGUAUCUCAGUGACUGGACAGAUGCUUGGAAUUACCGUGUAGUCCCUGCAAUAGCACUGAUUUUCUGUGCAAACGUACUUCCUGGAAUUGCGUUCUCUCUAGAUCUAAUUGAGACAACAAAUCAAUACGGUAUUUCAGAGGUCCUCGUUUCCACUUUCAUGGCUGCCUUUAUUUUUUCCGUGUUUGGAGCGCAGCCCCUGACCAUCGCUGGUGUUACUGGUCCCAUCACGGUCUUUAACAAGACUAUUUACAACAUCCUCAUGAUACAGUCCAACCCCCCCAACUACCUGCACUUUAUUGGAUGGGUGUAUCUAUGGGCUGCUGUCAUUCACUGGAUUACGGCUAUAUUGAACUGGUGCAACUUUCUGAAAUAUGUCACCCUAUUCUCUUGUGACACCUUCGGCUUCUACGUCUCGUGGAUAUACGUGCAAUAUGGCGUUCAGGUGAUCACCAGACAGUUCACGGGCGGAUUCGUCAGUGCUGCAGUUGCAAUAAUUCUCGCCAUUCUCAUGGUAGUAACCUCCUUCAUAUUCCAAAAACUCUCCGAGAAGCCAUAUUUUCAUCGCGUCGUCCGACAAUUCAUCGCGGAUUAUGGUAUGCCAAUCUCGCUGGUGGCGACAUCUGCAAUGGCCUAUUGGGGUCGCCUCCACUCUGCGAACGUGCUUACCCUACCAGUUGGUGGCGCGUUUCAGGCUGCAAAUGGGAGAUCGUGGCUCGUCAAGUUUUGGGAGCUUGAUGGGAAGUGGACUGGUAUUGCGUUGCCAUUCGGAAUUAUCCUGUGGAUAUUGUUCUUUUUCGAUCAUAAUGUUUCGUCGCUGAUGGCUCAGGGUUCUCAAUUCCCGCUUCGUAAGCCACCGGGAUUUCAUUAUGACUUUUUCCUUCUUGGCAUCACCACAUUCCUCGCUGGACUCAUCGGCGUUCCUGCGCCUAAUGGAUUGAUCCCCCAAGCGCCUAUCCACACUACCUCCCUGCUGGUCAUGGGUUACCCACCCCGUAAUAGCGAAGAGAAUGGGGCUUCGACUAGCCGGGUGGACUCAUCCGUGACUCCUCAUAUAGAAAAGACGGAAUAUGAAGUUUCUUCGUAUGACGUCCCUCGUCCGAAAGAGAUUCCUGUUGCAGUUGUAGAACAACGUGUCUCGAAUCUUGUUCAGGGUGUAUUGUGCCUUGUUCUACUAACCGGUCCGCUACUACACGUUCUGGGUCUCAUACCUCGGGGUGUUAUAGCGGGCCUCUUUUGGUUCAUGGGCGCGGACGCACUUCAAGGCAACGGUAUCACGCUCAAAUUACUAUAUCUUAUGCGCGACAAGUCGCUCACAUCUGCCGACGAGCCAUUGCGCAAAGUGCGCACGUCACGCCUAUUACUGUUCGUUGGAAUCCAGCUCGUCGGAUUUGGUGUGACGUUUGCUGUUACGCAGACUGUCGCGGCAAUUGCAUUCCCCGUUGUUAUUCUUCUCCUAGUUCCCGUCAGAACAUUGCUUAUCCCUCGACUCCCAUUCACUCCGGAAGAAUUGUCUAUCCUUGACGGUCCUACGGCUUCCCCUUUUGUGAGUGUCGAGCACUCGAAUAAAUCUAGGUCAAUCUGCUGAUGCACUAUGCAGACCAUGGAGUCUGUCGGAGGCUCCCUGUAGUCGAAGCGAUUCCCUGCUCACCGGCUAGAGCUCUUCGGUAUCUG